AUGGUAUUUUCUACUCUGUUUCUUGCAAGAUUAUCAGCUUUUAUAGUUGCAAUUUUUGUACUCACAUGGGCUCUUCAUUUCAAGACUAGCUUUAUUUCUCAAGAGGAAGAUGACCUCAUCUUUGCUGUGUUGCAUCCUUUGCUGAUGGUGAUUGGUUUCAUUGUUGUUAGUGGAGAAGCAAUUUUAGUGCACAAAUGGUUGCCUGGAUCAAGGAAUUUGAAGAAACUAGUGCACCUUUGUCUCCAAGGUUUGGCUUUGGGCUGUGGCAUUUUCGGUAUUUGGACAAAGUUCCAAGGUCAAAAUGGGGUUGUGGCUAAUUUCUACAGUUUGCAAUCUUGGAUGGGUCUCAUCUGUGUUACAUUGUUUGGUGCUUAG